CCCAGGAGGAUUAGUGUCCAGGUUACCCCAGCUUGCUGCCACUGCUUAGUGGCCUUGCCGCCCCCACAACAUACAGGUAUAAAGCCAGGUAGAGGAGGUAGAGGAGACAUCAAGAAUGGAGCCGCUCCAGGGGCUGCUGCUGUGGCUGCUGCUGAGCAUGAGUGCGGUGUGGGCCUCCAGGGGGCCACUACGGCCAUUGUGUCGGCCAAUCAACGCCACCCUGGCUGCUGAGAAUGAGGCCUGCCCAGUGUGCAUCACCUUCACCACCAGCAUCUGUGCUGGCUACUGCCCCAGCAUGGUUCGGGUACUGCCUGCUGCUCUGCCGCCUGUGCCCCAGCCAGUAUGCACCUACCGUGAGCUGCGCUUCUCCUCCAUCCGGCUCCCUGGCUGCCCACCUGGUGUGGACCCCAUGGUUUCCUUCCCAGUGGCCCUCAGCUGCCACUGUGGGCCCUGUCGCCUCAGCAGUUCUGACUGCGGGGGUCCCAGAGCUCAACCCUUGGCCUGUGACCUGCCCCACCUUCCAGGCCUCCUCUUCCUCUAAGGGCCUUCCCCCACAACUCCCUGCCCACCCCAGCUUUUAGAGCCCACAGGUGCUCUAGUCCUCCCCUUCCA